AUGUUGGAGUCGUCCCGGUCUGGGGACCUUGAUGCCCUCCGGAAGGUGGUGGAGCCCAGCUCAGGCAUUAUGUCCAAGUUCGCGCAGAAGCCGAACCUCAACGCCAGCGACAUCCGCGGGAAGACCGCUUUGAUCUACGCCGCGAGCUAUGGAAACCGCGAGGUGGUGGACUACCUUCUCACCAAGGGCAAGGAGGUGGAGGUGAACGCGGUGGAUGAUACCGACAAGACAGCCCUGCACCAUGCCGCACGAAGGACAUCGGCGGAUGAUGAGCGGCAGGCAGAUAUCAUCACCAUGCUGCUUCACGCCAAGGCAUACAUCGAGGCGCGCGACCACAACGGCUGCACCGCGCUGAUGUUUGCAGUGGCCAACGGCAACGAGGCCAUCACCCGACGGCUCAUCCUGGCACAGGCCAACGUCAACAAUUUCGACUACGAGAACCACUCCUGCCUGAACUACGCCAUGCAGUUCAACCAGACCAAGCUGGUGAGCCUUCUGAAGAAGGCUGGGGCCAAAGAUAAGCUCAGCCUGGAUGACGAGGAGGAGGAAGAGGAGGAGGCAGAUCCCGCGUCUCCUUCAGGUAAGUUGCAGCUGCCGCGCCCAGAUGUGGAGACCGCCUCCUGCGCGGAGUCCAUGUCCACGGAGGCCCCGGCGCUGUCGCCGGAGGCGGACUCGGAGCCGAACCUGUCGCCCUCCUCCGCCCUCAGCGCUGCCAUGACCUCGCCCACGGACUCUGAGGCGACAGCGAAGAAGAAGAUAAAAAAGAAGGUCAAGGAAGGUGACGAGUCCACGACCUCGGAUGCCGUGGCAAAGAAAAAAACCAAGAAGAAGGAGGCAGAUGGCGACAAGACGGCUGAGAAGGGAACGACGAAGAAGAAGAAGGCAAAGACGCCCACGGGCCUCGGUGAGAAGGGGCUCAUGGAGGCGGUGGCCAAGACGGAGGAUACCACCAUCACUGUGCAGGAGCCGGCUGAGAAGAAAGAGGAGGUCGUGGUGCCGGAGGGCCCCACGGACGAGGAGCGCGCCAAGGCCGAGGAGAUGAAGAAGGAGAAGCAGCGGGCCGCCGCGGAGCUCACGGAGGCCGCCCAGGUCCAGGACGUCGCCAGGUUGGAGGCGGCCAUUGAGAAGGCCAAGAAGUUGGAGGUCUCAGAGAAGGAGAUUUCUGCAGCGGAGCAGGUGCUCGCGGUGGAGAAGCAGAAGCGAGACGCCCGCACCAAGCUGCAGCAAGCCGCGGACUCGGGCAAUGUGGACACGCUGAAGGCCGCCUUGGAGCAAGCUUGCUCGGCCGGGCUCACAGAGACGGAGUUGAAGCACGUGAAGAACCUACUGGCCGCCGCCGAGUCCAAGGAGAAGGUGGAGGCGGCCUUGAAGACGGCCACGCAGGAGCGCAACGUGCACGAUUUGAAGUUCAACAUCCAGCAAGCCAAGGAUGCCGGGAUCGAUGCAGCCUUGAUCACGGCAGCAGAGGACGUGCUGAGGGUGGAGGAACCCAAGAUGAAAGCACGGGAGCAGCUGCAGGAGGCCUGCCAGAACAUCACCAAGGCUGGCCUUCAGGCAGCCGUCCAGGCAGCCAAGGCCGCAGGCCUGGAGCCCGGGGAAUACGCCAAGGCGGAGGAGCUGUUCAGGAAGGAAGAGGAGAAGGAGAAGCUUAUGAAGCAAGUGAAUACGGCGCUGGAGGACUCUCAGCAGGUGGACAUGAAGAGCAUCGACUCGCUGAGGGAGAUGAAGGAUAAGCUGCAGACGGUGCUCAAGGCGGCGCUGGAGGCGGGCGUGCCCGAGGCCGAUUUGGUGCCCUUGGACCAGCGACGAAAGAAGCUCCACAAUGCGGUGGAGGACCUCAAGGGCUCCAUCCGCGUCUUUUGCCGAGUACGGCCGCUGAGCAAAAAGGAGACUGGCCAAGGCGACGUGUCCAUCUGCGAGGCAGUGGACCAGAUGACGGUGAAGGUGAAGGAUGAGCAGUUCCUCUUUGAUGCAGUCUUCACACCUGGCACUCAGGAGGAAGUCUUUGAGGACUGCCGGGACUUAGUGCAGUCGGCCGCGGAUGGCUACAAUGUGACCAUGUUUGCGUACGGCCAGACCGGCGCGGGCAAGACCUUCACCAUGUACGGCGUCAAAGCUAAAACGAUGCGCGCCAUGGGUCUCCUGCUGCUGUUGGCGCUGGUGCCAGCAGCCCUCGGCUGGGUGAAUGAUGAGGCCUUGCGCCAGAGCACGGGCCGGCGGGUGGGCGUGGCGCCCCGGCGCCUCACGGUGGACCUGGAUCUGCCGGCCCAGCAGAGGUGGUCGUUUCUGGCCAGCGACCCUGCGUUUCAGAACUACAAGGAAGAGGUGAACGCCUAUUUGGAGAAAUACGUCCCCAGCGCGCUGCUUCCGUUGGUGGACAGCAUAACCAAGUCGCUCACCGGGGCCUUCUACUCGGACUACGCCGCGGAGAUGCGGAGCAUCGCGGGGGCUCUGAAGCUGUCCCUGGGGGAGGUGGUGCUUGUGAACCUGAUCUACCAGCUCGAAGAUUUGGGAACAUCUUGCUCCCAAGUGAACACCACAGGCCCCUGCGGGCCCGGCCUCUGCACUGGCCUGGUGGCGGAUGGCUCCAGCGGCGUGUGGCAAGGCCGCAACCUUGACUGGAAUCUGGACGCACGGCUGCUGCCCUAUGUGGUGGAGGUGGAUUAUAAGUCCCGGAACCUCACCGUCUUCAGCGCGGUCCAGGUGGUGGGCAUGAUCGGGGUGCUGCACGGGGUGAGCUUGGGGAACUUCUCGGUGCAGCUCAAUGCGCGGGACCGGGGCGGCAGCGCCCUGCUGAAUCUGCUGGAGGAGCUGCUGCUGGGCGGGAAGAGCCCCACCCACGUGCUGCGCCGGGCGCUAGAGCAGAGCCGAGGCUUCACGGCCGCGGAGCAAUUUCUGUUGUCGGAGCGCCUGGCGAACCCUGCCUACUUUAUUCUGGCUGGCGCGGGCGACGGCGAGGGAGCGAUCCUGACGCGGGGCCGCACCUUCGGGAAUUCCUGGCGUCUUCAUGAGAAGAACGCCAAGGACGUCCAUCAAAUCAAUCAGCAGCCGGAUUGGUUGCGUUUACAAACGAACUACGACUCUUGGACGGCGGUCCCCGACUACGACAACCGCCGAGCGCCGGGCGUGAAUAACACAGAGAAGUUCUGCAAGGAUGAAGUGAGCGAGGACACAGUUUGGAGCGUCAUGACAACGUGGCCGACGAAGAAUCAUCACACAGACAUCACCUCCGUUAUGUGCCCGCGCACUGGGCGGAUGAAGACGAUGGUUUGGACAGCUCCGCCAGAGCAUCUGAUAGUCUGA